GGAAAAGCGGCUCGCGCGAAAAUGAGGGUUUCUGCGCUUUUCUCAGUGUUUACACUAUUUAGUGUGAUUACCGCGACCAAAUUCAAUUAUCCACGUAUCCUGCUUCCUAUCUUUGAGAAGAUUUCUGUGAAUUUCACAGUGGAGAUCAUCGAUCGGGGGUGCUUUGCUUGGUCAACUUCACGGUCUGACUUGGUGCAAAUCGUGCCAGUGUUCGACGAAAUAAAUGCCGAAUGCUCGCACACGGCAAUUGUGACUCCGGUGCUGCGGGAAAAGGAGCGCAGCACGGCUGUUGUCCUGGCGGAGAAUCUCGCCACAGGCGAAGUGGCUCGCUGUGAUGUCAUCCUGGAUGUGAUCGAUCAGCUGGGCGUUCUCACGACCACCAGGGAGUUGUACCUGGAGGAGGCGCCGGAGAGCUUCGAGCUGAUGGCGCUGGACUCGCAGGGAAAUGCCUUCACGACGCUCGAGGGUGUGGAGUUCACGUGGCAAAUCAUCUCCCAGCAUCACCACACGGCCGACAGCAAGGACAAUUGGCGGCAAGUGAUGCGCUUCCUCACCUUCUCGGAGAGCAAUUACCACCAAGUGCCGAAGACGAUGGAGAGAUUCGAGUUUCUGGGCCUCACCGGCUACAUGACCUUACUUGAGGGCAUCAACACGGGCUCGGCCAAGGUCAGGGUCUCGCUACCAUACAAAGACUACGACCAUGUGCCCGCAAUUGAGGUUGACAUCAUGAUUCUGGCCAACAUUCUCCUCAGUCCGUCGGACGUGCAUGUUCUCGUGGGCGAUGCUGUUGAGUUUCGCGUGUUCCAGCUGAAGCGCGGUAAACUGGAAGAGAUUGAUCUCAAUAGUCAGUACUAUCUCGAAGCGGAAGAUCCUAAUCUUGUGGCGAUGCAUAGCAACAUGGCAAAGGGGAGGAAAUUGGGCAGAACCAGCGUGCUUCUGAGGGACAGAAACAUCCCUCAUGAGACUGAUGAGAGUGUUCGGAAGCCUUCCCCACCCAGAGCCAUCGUGACAGUGUCCAAUGCAGUCAAGAUCGGCCUCAGUCUCCUGCCGUACAACAACUGGAUCACCGUCGAGGGAGAGAGACAUGAAAUUGCCAUUGAUCUGUUCACAGCGGACGACCAGAAAAUCACUCUAGGUGUCACCUAUAAUGUCGACUCUUCCUUCGAUCAGAGCUACUUCCAGUCACUCUCAAUGACCGCGAAUGGCACGAGAAUCUACGGAGAGGCUCUCCGGAAGGGUUCCACACCAGUUGUGGGCAGUUUUCGGGACUUGGAGGCGCGCGCUGAGAUGCAAAUCUACGAGAGACUGAACUUGUCACCACGAUUUGUACUCAUUCCCUAUGAUCCCAACUCGCCAAAGAGGCAGAAGAUUGACUUCGUGGCCACUGGAGGCGAUGGCAAUUUUGUCUGGUCGAGUCUCAACAACAACUUGGUGGCUGUGAACCAGAAUGGAGUGGCUGAAACGCGAUUGGAUCAUUUGAAAGGUUUGCAACUGACCCAAGAAGAGCAGAAAAGUGUUGAGAAACUAACUCAAAUUCGCGUAGCUUUGGCGAGGAAUCCCAAGAUAUUCAAGUCAUCAGACAUUCUCUUCCGUCCUCCUGUGAAAUUGGAAAUAGUCAAGUAUAACUUUGAGACUGCCCUCAAUGAUGUCGUUCAAGUGCACGUUGCGCUUUAUGCGAUGGUCAAUGAGACGCUCCAGGCAUUCACUCAUUGUGAAAACAUCGACUUUGCCCUGCAGUUCUCGAGUCAACUUUUCACAGUGGAGGCGCUGAAAGAGCCGCCACCACUUGAGAGGGAGGCUUGCAAGUUGAUCAACUUGCGCGCAAAGAAUCUGGGCAGCACCAGUUUCGAGGUGUCCUACAAUUUCUUGGGCUCCGUGUUGUCAGACACCGUGAAAUUGGUGGUUUUCGAGAAGCUGACCAUUCUGAAUCCAGUGGCCAAUGAGGUUGUCCUGCCGAUUGGCGCCUCUAGGAAUGUGAUCUACCACAAUGGACCUCAGAAGCUCUUUCAUGUCGAUGCAGAAUUGCUGACAAAAGUCUCCUACACGAAGAGCGUGAUUUCUGUCACAAAGUCACCGAAUGUUGGCCAGGAGAAAACAGUCUUCAGAGUGCUGUGCAAGAAAAUCGGCGAGACGGAUUUCACAUUCGAGAUCUACAAUCAUUUGUCAGAGGAACGCCAUCGUCCGUACGUGUCGCAGUUCAUCACGCGAGUUUUCUGUGUGAAACCGAGAUUCCUGAGGCUGUCGUCGAGGGAGCAGUUGAGGGAGAGCUGCCCACUGAAGAACAGAAUGUCUCUGAUGCAAAUUCAGGGAUCAUCGAAGCGCUUGGAAGUUGAUAUUGAGGUUUUCGAUGCAUCCAAUCGCCGCUUGGCCAAUAUUUCGUCACUUCAUCUCGAUUGGGAAUUUCUCCAUGGUUCUGAGCAGCUGCAAGACGUGAGUUAUCGUCAAGAGAGCCAAGUGGAGCUUGUGGAGGAUAUUGCUAUUCCCGACAGAGAUCUUCUCUACUUGGCACCUCCGGAAGUGAAUGCAGAUUUUCGCAUUCGUGGCCGAGUGACAAAGUACGUGACAGAAGUUCUGGCCGAGAGCGGAAUCAAGGGUGAACAUCACUUUGGUGUUCAGAAGAGUGCAUCUGAGGAUCCCGUGAUGCCCACAAUUGAAGAUGAAUUGAGUUUCCUGGCAGUGAAUCACACUCUCUUGCCCUACAAUGACAUCUCAAUUUUCCUGGGUCAGAAGGUGCCAUCGAAAGUGCAAAUCCUCCAGGGCAGUGGCUUCUAUGAGACGAAGUUGGACGAGAAGGACAUUGUGGAUGUGCAGUUUGAUGAGAACUUCAAAGAACUUUCCAUUAGGCCUAAGAGAAUUGGUCAGGUGCGGCUGAGUCUGAUGGAUCGUUGUCUUACGACUGAAGACAACUUCCUGCUCAUCUCUGUGGUGUCCAUUGGGAGAAUUGACAUCAAGAUGCCAGAUCGUGUUGAGCGAACGAAAAGCAUCGAGGCUAUCGUGACUCUCUUCGAUUCCAACAACAGAAUCCUCGCCGUGGACGCAUCGAACUUGCCCACGUAUGAUCUCACAGAGGAAAUUGCGCAUCCUCAUCUUGUCUCUGUGCGUCUGGGCAGACAAGUAAACCUAAAUCCGGGCGAAGUGCGCUAUGAAGUGACAGGACAAGAGCUUGGCGAGACCACACUGGUGGUGAGUUCGGGACACGCAGAGAAGAGGAUUUCCAGCAAUCCGGCGAAUAUCCAAGUUUUCCCACCACUGAGACUCCAGCCAAGGAAUGUGACCAUCUUAGUGGGUGCUUCUGUGCAGAUUUACGCCGUGGGUGGACCUCAUCCAGACGUGAACAUCGUGUACAGUGUGGAGAAGGCGGAUGUGAUCUCUUUGGAGGCGAGCCUGGUGCGUGGCGAAAAGCUGGGCGAAACAACAGUCACGGGAAGAGCGAUGGGUGUGAAUCCCAGAAAUGGACAAGCGAUUGUGUUGUCUGAAGAUGUAGUUCAUGUGCGAGUUAUUCCGUUGGAUGGAGUGAAGAUCAGAGCACCGCUAGUGCGUCUGCGAAGUGGGAAUACAAUGCCAGCGGCUAUCUGGGGUGUUCCGAAUCUGUCUCCAAUGGUUCUGGGCACUCUGGACAACCUGAAAGUCUACUGGUCGACCAAUCAGCCAGAUGUGGUGGAGAUUUCCGGGGUAUUUGCUGAGAUUGGGGUGAAAUACUCAGAGAAGGACGCUGUGACGGUGAGAAUUCGUGGAAAGAGUCCAGGAAAGGCGACAAUUCAUGCGAAAGUCAUCACUCCGCAUGGCAACACACUCACGUCGAGGGUGGAAGUGAGUGUCUUCCGUCUGCUGGAGCUUGAAUCUCCCAGGCGUAUCACGUCCGACACGAUUCUCAUACCUCCGCAGUCAAGUGUACAGCUGAAGGCGAAUCUGGACGAGGUAACUUACGCUGUGGACACGAGUCAGAGGAACUUUGUCACUGUGUCGAGCUCUGGAUUAGUGAAAUCAUCAGAGAAUACUGGAUUGAGUCUCAUUGUCGCUACAGCGGAUGACCAGAGUCUCUCAAUUCCUAUUGAAGUGAAGCCCAUCCACUACGUUUUAGUCACUCUGCAUCCGGUCAACCUGAAGUUGCGCUCUGUUGAGUCGAAGAUUCCCCAGGGACUCAAUGUGAGGCUCAAAGUGAGUCUGCAUGACAACAUUGGCAAUGAAUUCUCCCAUAAUCUGAAUUCAGUGUCGAGUCUUCAGUGGAAUCUGGCCCAGAGAGAUCUGAUAGAUGUGCACACAGUGGACAAUUUCAUCCUGGAUUUGUCACUCACACGGGAAACCACAAACAUGCUGUCUAUUGGACUGAAGGACAUCCUUGGAGUGAAGUACAGCGAAGACUUCGUCAAACUCUCCGUGCAGCAGAUGAAGACAACAUUUCCGGAUGGGAAAAUCGUCACUGUAGGCGAUAUUGUGUGCUUCGAGUCUGCUCUCACGACCACCGCGAGUUGGUUCAGCUCGGAUGACAGCCUUAUUUCCAUCGACCAGGACUCGGGAGUGGCAAUUGUAACGUCCGUGGGCACGGGAAAGGUGUCCAUAUUCCAUGGAAGCCCGAACUUCAUUCAAGUGACACACAAUCUUGAAGUGAGAGAGGCAAAUCAGAUCACUUUCGCCACCACUUUUGACAUCUUCAAUGGCGAAAUGUAUCGUGCGCCACUGGUGAUCCGGAAUCAUGUCCAGACGACCAAGACGUCGAAUUUGCUGAGUCUCAAUUCAUCGUGCCAUAAUCAAGUGGAAGUGAUCGCAAGUAAUUUCUUCUCGUGCCGUCUCUCGUCGCGUCACAGCGACUUCAAGCAGCUGCCGGACUUCUUCCGCACGCAGGCUAUUUUUGAUCCCAAAACCAUUUCCUAUGCGUGCCAGAUUGAGCCCCGGAGGAAGAUUGAUGAGAUCAUAAGCGUGGUGAAAAAUGAGGAAAUCAAUCUGGAGCUGGAAGCUGUUCUGAUGGCUGGUCACUCGGAUACCAUGUCGCUGAGACUAAUUCCGGCGAUCUCAGUGGCGCCGAGCAGCAUAUCAGUGGAUCAAAUCCCGACGCAGGGCAUCGCGAUCACGGGACUGGACAAAGUGCUCCAGAAAGUAGAGGUGCAGUCGUCAGAUCCGACAGUUCUGCAGGUGGGAAAGCUGGAGAAGACACAGGGAAUGGUGCAGAGUCAGCUGAAGUUGCUCGCUGCUCUGCCGGAAGAUGACACGGUGCAUCUGAAGAUAUCGUCUCCACUGACGAAGCAGACCAUCGAAGUGCCCGUUUUGUCACCACUGGCGGCCAGAAAGUGUUCCCGCCAAGCUUUCAAUCUCGUCGGUGGAGUUUACGAUGUCAUAUCAAAUCUGGGACUCAUCGUCUCCUUUACAAUCAUCCUGGGAAUUAUCUUGUGGGCCUUCGUGAGUUACUCCAAUCGUCGAUCGACUAACCUCAAUCCGCAAGUCUUCAACAGGAAUGGCAUCGAUGAGAGAAUUCUAACUGCUCAGGCACUUUCUUCGUCACCUGGCAAUGGCACGAGACGAACAUCGCCGUUCCCUUCAGCGUCUCCCGGUUCAAGUCCGGGCAGGCAAUUUGUGAGGCCAGGCCAAGACACAAUAAUUUACGGCGACACGACACUCAUUUCGCCCGAGAGGAGAAGCUACAGACGCUACCUCUGAGUGUGAAACGAUUUUUACGUCAUUUGAGAGGUUCACAGACUUUAAACGCGUUAUUUAUGUUUUCUUUUUGUUUUGUCCAAAGAGAGUAAUUGAAUUCCUUGGAAACUUAAUGAAAUAAUAAUAAUAAUAAUCAGGGAUUCAAAAGGCAGUUGGUAAAAAAUGAGAUUUCUUGUCAAUAGAAAUAUAAAUAAAGAAUGAAACUGAGGUAGUAUUUAAGUAAUGUAAGUGAACUUGUUAAA